AUGCACUGGAGCUACCCAAAGGAGGGUUCAAUUUUGCAAACUAUCAGAGGCAAAAAUGUUGCCCUAGAAGAACAAGGUCUUAAGCUUCCAAGCCCCACAAAGACUGGUACUACCAUUGUCGGAAUAGUUUUCAAGGAUGGCGUCGUUAUUGGAGCUGAUACGCGUGCCACAGCUGAUCAACAAGUUUUGGACAAGAACUGUUUUAAAAUUCAUUAUCUGGCUCCAAAUAUGAAUUGCUGUGGAGCAGGUACUGCUGCCGACACGAAGUUUACCAAUGAUUUAGUCAGCUCUCAAUUGGAGCUGCAUAGAUUGUCAACUGGUCGAGAGAGCAGGGUAGUUACUGCCUUGACAUUGUUAAAACGAAUCCUUUUCAAACAUCAAGGAAAUAUUAGUGCAUUUCUUAUACUUGGUGGAUAUGAUGUAACUGGGCCUAAAUUAUAUACCAUUGCAUCACAAGGAAAUACGGAUAAUGUGCCAUUUACAACUAUGGGAAGUGGUUCGCUUGCUGCAAUGUCAAUGUUGGAGUCUCGAUGGAAAAAAGAUAUGGAGCGUCAAGAAGCGAUUGAUUUAGUCAAAGAUGCUCUAGAGGCCGGUGUUUUUAAUGAUUUGGGAUCCGGAGGGGCCGUGAACAUUGCAAUAAUUGAGAAAGGUAAAACCGAAUUGAAAAUGGAGUAUUCGAAACCUGAACGUGAACCAAAAUGUCGUUCAUAUAAAUUUGCGCGUGGAUCGACUGCGGUUCUCAAUUCAAGUACGGUAACAGUAGCUGAAGGGGAUGCGAUGGAUACAUCUUAA